GGGUUGCACGAAGUUUAAAUCGAGCCAGUCAUUGCCAUUGUCUAAGGCUCCUCAAGCCGAAGCCUGCAACGUCACGAGGAAGUGAUUCGGAUAGAUAUUUCCGAAGGAUGUGAUGGCAACCGCUUUUGUCUGCCACCAAGGGAGUUCUAAUUACCUCAACAACUUGCCUCUGAUUUAUGCCGGACAGGAGCUAUCUCUUUCAUCCUUCUGAAUACUGACACUCUGCGGGGUCGCUGAUCAUCCCUUUCCCCCGCAUCGUCAUCUGUCAUAUUGCCGAAGGCCUUAUAUCCGAACCAAAGCGUGAAGACCAGGCCCAAGGAACUACUCAUUACUCCAGUUUGAGAAGUUGCAGUUAAGUCGUUCACUCAAUGUCUCUUAAGAUGUUGCAAGUUCUUUGCUCCGCUACGUCACUCGUGCUGCUCGCUACCGCCCUGGUGCUGGCGAUACGGAGAGUCUUCUUUCGCGGCCUUUGGUCCGUCCCGGGACCGUUUGUUGCCCGGUUCACGGAUCUGUGGUAUGCUUACCGUGUCUUUCGUGGCCGGUUUGAGAAGGACAACGUUGAGCUGCAUCGGAAAUAUGGCCCCGUAGUGCGGUACGGCGUCAACCGGUACAGCAUCGCCGACCCCCUGGCAGCCAAUGCCAUCUACGGCCCGGGGAGCAAGUUCACAAAGUCCUCCUGGUAUCAGCCCUGGUCUUCCCCCUCUCCUCAAGACUGGACCUUGUUUGCAGAUCAAGAUGCCAAGCGGCACGCGUCCAACCGACGCCAGUACCAAAACACGUAUAACAUGUCCGCGCUCGUCCACUACGAGGCAUACGUCGACGAGUGUGUGGAGCUCCUGUGUCAGAGGCUGUCCGGAAUGGGCGCCAACGCGUGGAGCCAGCCCGUGGACAUGGGCCACUGGCUGCAGUGCUACGCCUUCGAUGUCAUCAGCCUGGUGACGUACUCGAGGAGGAUCGGCUUCCUCGACGCCGGCCAGGACGUCGGCAAUGUGAUCCAGAAUAUCGACGACGCUCUGGCCUACGCCAGCGUCGUCGGGGUCUACCCGUGGCUUCACCCCAUCCUUUUCAGGGUGCGCAAUUGGCUGGCCGGGUCGCGCGGAAAGGGAAGGCAGUACAUCAUCAAUUUCACCAAGGAAUGUAUGGCGGUUCAUCAGGAGAAGCCCAGCGGACAACCGGUUGCCGAAAAGAACAGCAACUCUUCCGAGGACCAGUGGCAGCAGCAGCAGCCAACGACGAUGGACUUCCUCAGCAAGUUCCUCCAGAAACACACGGAGACGCCCUCCGCAUUUACCCGGUACCACGUCCUCGCGGGGUGCGUGUCCAACAUGAUGGCGGGCUCCGACACCACGUCCAUAAGCCUCAGCGCGAUACUGUACCACGCCCUGCGGAACCCGGCCGUUUUCCGACGGCUGCGCGAGGAGGUCGACCAGCUCUGCCCCCGCGACCACGACGAGAACGCGGCGUCGGCUCGCGUCACGUUCGCACAAAGCCAGGACAUGCCCUACCUCCAAGCGGUCAUCAAGGAGGCGCUGCGCGUCCAUCCGGCCACCGGUCUGCCCCUCGAGAGGGUGGUUCCGGAGGAGGGGCUGACCUUCAAUGGGAUCUUCUUCCCGGCAGGGACCAUCGUCGGCAUCAACAGCUGGGUUGAGCACAGCAAUAAAGGGAUAUUUGGUGACGACGCAGAUGUCUUCAACCCAGACAGAUGGCUCCAUGGAGACAAGGAGAAGAUCCGUGUCAUGAACCGGCACUGGAUGCCGGUAAGUUUUCCCUUUGUUUUUCUCCCUCCUGUCCCUCCUGGACUAUUAUUUGUAGGUAAUUACACCCCAUGUUUGACCUCGAGCUGACGGAGAAACUCUCCUCAGUUUGGGCUGGGCUCUCGCACCUGCAUCGGGCGCCACAUUUCCAUGCUGGAAAUGUGCAAGCUGGUGCCGAGGCUGGUUCGGGAUUUCGAUUUCGAGCUCUGCGACGAACAGGAAUGGCGGACCCGGAACCAUUGGUUCGUGAAGCCGGAGAACUUUAAGGUGCUAGUUCGGCAAAGGGUGGCCCGGGGUUGAUUAGAUAUUAAUUAUCAGUUAGCGGAAGAGAGGCUCACAGCUAGGUAGUUAAGGUAGUCAAAGCUCCGCGGGCCGUUUAUUGUGUUCUUCUGUUGUCGACUACUGUUGCCUGGCAUCGAGAACGAACCCCGAAGAGAAUUUGAUUAUUCGAACAUGCAUCAACAAGAGCAAUACAAUAAUAGUAGUUACGGAAGACUGUUCCGCCGCCGAACGGGAGCUUGAGUAUGAAACAUUUGUCCCCGCGCUGGAAAUUACCUAUUAAUUAUAUUCUGUUUUGACCUGAAUCGAGCCCAAUGUCAGUUGGAUGGCUGGCUAAGGGGAACU